CUCUACUGCUUUUUUUUUUUUAAUUGCUGUUUUUUUCCCUUUUUCCUUCUGCCCACAAUAUUUAAUAUGUAAAAGAAUGUGUGAUUCUGUUCCAUUCUGCUUGUAGUUUGUUUGGUUGUUUGUUUGUUUGUCUUUUUGCACAAAGUCCGUGAGCAUUGCCACUUUUCAUUUCACUGCACAUCUCGUAUGUGUAUGUGACGAAUAAACUUGACUUGACUCGACUCAAAAACCUUUUUGGUUACCUCUUCAAAAGUACUCCAUCAAAUUUAUAAGGUACGAUCUCCCACGUCCAAAACCAUGCUGACUAUCCCUAAAGAGCCCUAUGUCUAUCUGGAUAAACACAUAUCUUAUCCCUCAGUAUCCGGUAACUUUACCUACUAAAGAUGCCACUGCAAAGGCUUUAUGGGGAAGGACCACAGUGUAAGAUUCUACAUGUACAAGAUAUUAAGGGGAUGAGCUCUUUGUAAAAGCCUUUUAAACACUUGAAGUUUGUACCAUCUAAAGAGACCACAUAAUGGUAAUGGUUCAUGUGGACAGUCCUUGCUGUCCAUCUGAGGAAGAGCCCACAGUUCCAUCAGUCACCUUAAAGAUGCAGAAGUGGGCACAAGUUAUCCACAAUCCUCUGGCAAUACCUAAGAAGAAGAAAAAGACACAAUUGAACUGAGCCGCACAGCCAGCAAAGUUUCAAGUUCAGUUUUAAAGCAGGACAGUAACAAGCUGGUAGAGCUGCUACCUCGCAUCAUCAAAAACCUGCGUUCAAUCCGGACAUCAGCUACAAUGCCGUCUGUAUGAACUUUUCACGUUCUCCCUGCCACCGCAUGGGUUUAAUCUAGGUGCUCCAGUUUACUUCCACAUCUCUAAAGACCUGCACAUUUUGUAGGUUAAUUGGCCUCUGUAAAAUUCUCCUUAAUGCACAGGGAGAAAGUGGGAUAACAUUAAACUAGUGUGACCGGGUGAUCGCUAGUCGGCAUGGAGUCAGUGGGCUGAAGGGCCUGUUAACAUGCUGUAUCUCUAAACUAAACUAACCAUCAACGUCUGGCCACCCAUCUGACCCCAGAUCACCGUCUGGGCACCCAUUUUACCACACCAUAACCAGAGUAGAAACAAAGAACUGCAGAUGCAGACAGACACAAAGUGCUGGAAUAACUCACUGGGUCAGGCAGCAUCUCUGAAGAAAAAGGAUGGGUGAGGUUUAGGUUAGGAACCCUUCUUCAGACUACACCACACUGUCUGAAGAAGGGUCUCGAACCGAAACGUCGCCUAUUUCCUUCACGCCAUAGAUGCUGCCUCACCCGCUGAGUUUCUCCAGCAGUUUUGUCUACCUUCGAUUGUCCAGCAUCAGCAGUUCCUUCCUAAACAUCACACUGUCUGGUCACCCAUCUCCCCUGACCACUCUGUCUGGGCACUUGUCUCCCCUGACCACGCCAUCUGGGCACCGGUCUAAUGACACUGUGAAUUAAAGGUAGGAAAACAAGUUGUUUUUUUCUUAACUUGCAAGCUCUCGUCCAGUCAAAAAUCAAAUUUUAGCAGAAAUUCUACCAGGCGGGAAAGAGAAAGGAAGGAGCUCCCAGUUUUGACUGAAGGGGAGCGGUGCGGCGAGAGGGCGGCUCCCAGCGCCGGGUGGGCGGAGGCUGAAGGAUUGGGAUCGCUGCGAGUCGGCAUCGCUUCGUCUCCCCACCCCACGGUCCUUGUCCCGCACACUGCGGGAGGGGCUGGACAUGAACCCUCCCAACUUCGGCAGAGAGCUGGCGAAAAGUUUCUGAAAGGAAUGUCUCCGCGACACAAGGCGGCGGUUGAGGAGCCGGUGAGACUUUAACGGUGCUGGAAUGAGGCGACCUUUGCACUGGUUGGACACCUCCACUGUUGUCUCUGCUCCGGAUGCCACCCUGAGUGUGAACGACAGACUACCCUGGGGUCACACCGGCUCCUGCACCACAUUGCAAUUAUCUUCACCGAGUGGGCCGGUCUAUAUGUCAAUAACGAUCAUGUACUGAUAUCGUUCUUCAUGCAACAAGGACGGACUGGAAAGGGCUUGCAUAAAUUUGUGGUGGUAGUUGAUGGAUGCAAUUGAAGCUUUAAACCUUGAAGGCGGCAAGGGAGGGCAACAGGUCAUGCCUUCCAGUGGACAUACCAAAUCCAUGUUACUCCUUGUCGCCAGUGAGGGUUGCAAGUCUAAUAAUAUACCAAAUGGCAUUGGGAAAGGCCAGAAGAAUCCAAAGGAAUUUGUCCAGAUCUCUGUCCCAGACUCAAGCCAUAAAUUUCCACUGGAGUGGUGGAAAACAGGCAUUGCCUUUGUUUAUGCGCUUUUCAACUUGAUUAUGACCAGUGUGAUGAUCACUGUGGUACACGAGAGAGUCCCUCCCAAGGAAACAAACCCUCCCCUACCCGACACUUUCUUUGACUACGUGGACCGGGUCGAAUGGGCUUUCAAGAUUUCGGAAGUCAAUGGCUUGAUCCUGGUUGGUCUGUGGACAAUUCAAUGGUUACUUCUCCGCUACCGGUCCAUCAUAGGACGAAGGUUUUUCUUCAUCAUGGGAACCUUGUACCUUUACAGGUGUAUCACCAUGUACAUCACCACUCUACCUGUGCCUGGAAUGCACUUCCAGUGUGCACCAAAGCUGUAUGGGGACUCUCAGGCCAAACUGCAACGAAUCUUAAAGCUGAUAUCCGGUGGAGGGCUUUCCAUUACGGGGUCACACAUUAUGUGUGGAGACUUUCUCUACAGUGGUCACACUGUAAUGUUGACCAUCACUUACUUGUUUAUAAAAGAAUAUUCACCACGUCGAUCGUGGUGGUACUCGUGGUACUUAUGGAUCUGCUGGCUUCUCAGUGCAGUAGGAAUCAUAUGCAUCCUAAUAGCCCAUGAACAUUACAGUGUGGAUGUCUUAGUGGCCUAUUACAUUACUACUAGACUCUUCUGGUGGUACCACACCAUGGCCAAUAUCCCGACCUUGAAAACCCCAUCACAGACCAAUCAGUUUUCCCAGGUCUGGUGGUUCCAGCUUUUCCUUUUCCUUGAGAAGAACGUGCACUCAUCGGUUCCGUGCUCCUAUGUGUGGCCUAUCACCUGGCCUCCAAGCUGCCUGAAGUUGCCAUGUUGGAGAUACUCCAGGGUUCAGAAAUUGUGAAGCACCGACAUGGACAGAGUAUUGUAUUGUUUCCUGCUCCACACUCAUCGAAAGAGAAAAAAUAUAUUUUUGCUUUACAUUCAGUUCCAUCUAAUAAAUUGAUCAAAUAUUUUUUUCCCCCACAGCUGGAAGAUAAGCUUAGGAUAUCUAAGGUAGUGGGGAACUAAUGUUGUGCAAGUUCCAUUGGCCUUUUUAAUGUGCAUUUAACUUCAACCUUAACUACCACAAGAAAGGCAUUUGAAAUUAAGUAAUUACUUGAAUCAUUCCUAAAGUGUUGCUUGCAUGCAUGAACCAGAAGAUAGGAUCUCGACGGAUCUUAGCGGCACAAUGCUACAGGUGGUAGAGCUUCUGCCUCAUAGUGCUAGAGACCCAGGUUCGGUCCUGACAGCGGGUGCUGUCUGCGUGAACUUUACCCAUUCUUCCUGUGGCCACGUGGGUUUCUCCCACAUCCCAAGGACAUGCGGGUUUGUAGUCCUUUUCAAAUUGAUAUCUGCAAAAUCGCUCCCUAAUAUGUAGGGAGGGAUAACAUAGAACUAAUGUGAAUGGGUGAUCGAUGGCUGGCAUGGAUUCGGUGGGCAGAAGGGCCUGUUUCCAUGCUGUAUCUAUCAAUCAAUUAAUUGAUUUAGGUCUCAGCGGUGACCUAGGUUACAAAGAUAUGCACUCAAAUAAUCUGCAAAUAUAGUCCUACCAUCAUAGAACAUGCUACUUGAAAGGCACAGCUGGGUGCUAUCUAUUCUACUGAUUAUGAUUUAACACAUUUAUGCAACAAAUUAUUUUGCACAUUAUUUCUGAUGAAACUGUGAACUUUGAAUUACCAGCAUAACAGUCCCAUCUCCACACAAACUGGGAUUCCAUCAUGACUGAUUUGUCGUUUCAAAGCAUGCAGUAUAUGCCAAAGAAAAGGCAAAAAAUGAACAGAACGAGGGGUUUCGGUCUGGAAAAGCUGCUUUCUCUUUUCAUUCUGAAUAUGCAACAAGGAAAAUAAGGUUUGUAGGCUCCUCCCUGCCAAAGGCUUACAUGUUAAUGCACUACAGAAAUUCUCAGUUCAGAUAGGAGAAAACACAGUUGACUUUAGUGCCAUUGAUUGAGGCUAAGGGAGGCAUCAGGCAGCAGACUCCUGAUUGCUAUGGAAGGACUGAUGGUAGAAUCGUGCAAAGGCAAAUGUUGGGGCCGGCCUGUGAUGCCUUUGCUGCUGCUCUCACUUUUAAAUGCUUGCAAGCCAGACUUGCAAGUGAAAUAAGCAAUUUGGCUGAGUUCUGCAGAACUGCCUGGUGGCUGUUUCUUAGUAUGGAAUCACAACUUUUUAGUUGGAAAGAUGAAAGUGAGGGGGAGAAGUGGGUGGGAGGAAAUGUCCUUCAUCAAAUGUAGGUCAGUACAAUCCGCGGUGAUUCAUUUUUACAGAUCAACACACAGUUGAAGAUGAGGUUCAGAAACAAUUGUUAGUUGAUAUUCAAUAGUUAAACGCUGACAGCAGUUGCAUUGUUUAAUUUUGAAGUUUAUUAUCUAAUACCUGCAGUGGUCAGGACAUUUUUUGAUGUUUGUCUUCAAUAUUUGGAGUUUUCCUUUUAUCAGCUAAAUUCCAUUGACUAAAAUUUGAUUUUUGCAACUUGUUUUCAUCCAAAUCACUGCCCACUGUGAAAGUAAUGUAUUUAUAUAUUUACCCCACUUUCAGUAAAAGAGAACAAACACAUACAACGCGUUAUAAAAAUCAGUGUUGCAAAUAUAUUAAAUCUACAAAGCAUUAUUUUUCUUAAUUAAUUCAUAUUACCAAGUGUUAGUCCAUAUGAUCAUUCCUUGAAAGGAUAGACCAUCUUUGCUAAAUCUUACUGGUGCCAAAUAUCUGUUAUCCUUACAAAUAAAGUUUUUGCACAAUGUAAAAUAAAUAUUGAAGAUAGACGCAAAGUGCUGGAGUAACUCAGCGGGUCAGGCAGCAUCUCUGGGGAAAAAGGAUGAGUGACGUUUCGGGUCGAGACCUUUCUUCAGACUGAAAGUAGAGGCAAGGGAACUGGAGGUAAAGAAAAAGGCCAGAUGCAGGACCGGCAACCAAUGGCUAAGGAAGGGUGGAGCCCAUAAUGGACCAUUGUUGGCUGGGGAAGAGGUAAUGACCAAGCGAUACAAGGCUGCGGAAAGUGGAACUAGUAGGAUGACUAGAGUGGGGGAGGGAAUGCAGAAGUUACUUCAAAUUAGAGAAAUCAGAAUUGAUAUUGUUGGGUUAUAAGCUCCCCAAAUGAAAUGAAUAUUGCUGCUUACUCUUGAGUUGAGAGCAACCACAUUCCUUUUUUGGUGAAAAGGUAGGUUCCUGCUAGUGGAGAGGCUGCAGUUGUUUCAUGAGCAGCCAUUUGCAUCUCUACCUAGUCCUUCAGUUAUUGCCUGAAGAAGUAUGCAUUGAUAAAGCAAAAAUGAAGAAAGGUUUUCCACCGGUCAAUCAGAAUAAGUAAAGCAUGUCUGCGAGCCUUCUCCCUCUCCCCCCUAAAACACACCAACAUUUAGUUGAUAAACCUCUCUCCAGGAAUUUAGACUUUCUUUAGACUUUAGAGAUACAGCGCAGAAACAGGUCCUGCCCAUGAGUCCGUGCCGACCAGCGAUCGCUCCGUACGCGAGCACGAUCCUACACACGAGGAACAAUUCACAAUUUUUUUGCCGAAGUCAAUUAACUUACAAAUCUGUACGUCUUCGUUGUGUGUGUGAGGAAAAUGGAGCAACCGAGAAAACCCAUGCGGUCAGUCACGGAGAACGCACAAACACUAUACAGCCAGCACCCGUAGUCAGGAUUGAACCCGGGUCUCUGGUGCUGUGCCACUGUGCCACCCUAAUUAAUGGAGCAACAUUUGAUAAUCUUUCCUCUACUCCCUCAGGCAGACAAUUUUGACAAUAUCCAAUGGGAGAUCCUUCGAAUGAUCUUCUCAAAUUCCAUGCACCUAUGGAGAUAUUUUCCAUUCACAUGCUUCAGAGCUGUUCUGUUGGAAAGGGAAGUCUCGAUAUACUUAUUUGUAUGUCACAGUCAACUCUUGAUUCAAUUGAUUGGAAGGAUACCUUGAAAUUGGCCCCUUUAUAGAAUGGUAAGGGCGGCACAGUGGCGCAGCUAGUGGAGCUGCUGCCUCACAGUGCUAGAGACCUAGAAUCGAUCCUGACCAUGGGUGUUGUCUGUGUGGAGUUUGCAUGCUCUCCCUAUGACUGCAUGGGUUUCUUCAGAAUGCUCUGGUUUCCUCCCACACCCCAAAGGGUUUGUAGGUUGAUUGGCUGCUGUAAAUUUCCCUUUAGUGUAUGGAUGAAUGGAUGAGAGUGCAAUAUAGAAUUGUGUGAAUGGUUAAUGGUUGAUGUGGAUUCAGUGGGCCGAUAGGCCUGUUUCCAUUCUGUAUCUUUCAAUGAUUCAAUGGUUUGCAGCUUUCAUUCAGCUGCAGUGCCGAAGAAAGAAUUAAGUUGAAUCACUAAAUUACCUCCAUUCCCUAGGGUUGAACUCUAAGCCAUUGUAACAAAGAUGACAUGGAUAGGACAGGUUAAGAGGGAUAUGGGCCAAAUGCAGGCAGGUGGGAUUAAUGUAGAUAGGACAUGUUGGUAGGUGUGGGAAAAUUGGGCCUGUUUCCAAGCUGUACGACUCGAUGAAUGUAGCAUACAGACAAAAAAAAACCAAAGUGCUAAAGGAACAGUGAGUCAGGCCUCUGUGGAGGAAAUAUUCCACCAUUUUGUUUUUGUUGAAAAUCACAGCAUCAGCAGUUUCUUGUGUCUCCACAACAAUUCAGACAUUUUCCUUUUGAACAAUGUAAUAUUUGUAGAUAUAUUUCUUAUUUUAAGAAUGUAGAUAAUUCUAGAGGCCUUUAAGAUUUGAUUUGAACGUCCGUACAGAUUGCACUUGGCUCUCAUUACCUAAACGUUUUGCAAUCUAAAUUCAGGUUGUACAAAGAAUUGAAGAAAUGUAAAGUUUACUAGGGAUACAAUCAUUGGUAUUUUUAUUACUAAUAAAUGCUGCUUUUAUAUCGGAAUAAUUGUUUUUUAUUAACUUCUUGUAAGUUAGCCUUAAUCUCUGUAUAUACACACCAUACAAUGAUAUAUUUCUAGACCUAAUUUGUCACACAAAAUAUUUCAAUAAUUGUGUACAAUUAGAGUAAAAAUAUUCGAUUAUUACAAAUGAUUUUCUUUGUUGGUAAUUAUUAUUACUUAUGACUUAGUUAUUUCAACGGUGACAUAGCCAGUAGUCGCUGCCUCAGAUCGCCAGAGACCCGGGUUCGAUGAUGGCCUGUGUGGAGGUGGGGAGUGGCUGAGAGCGUGGAAUAACAUAGAACUAGUUGUUCUAUGCAUAACUUGGGUGAUAUAGUGGCACAGCUUUAGCGUUGCUGCCUUAUGGCACAAGACACCCUGGUUCGAUCUUGACGAGUGGUGUCUGUACCGUCUCCCUAUGAAUGCGUGGGUUUUCUCCGGGUGCUCCGGCUGGU